GGGAUGCCUCCCAAUCUCAGCGGCUACUACCGGUUCGUCUCCCAGGAUAACAUGGAGAAUUACCUCCGCGCCUUAGACAUUAACGUCGCGCUGAGGAAGUUGGUAUGCCUCCUGAAGCCAGACAAGGAGAUCGUACACGAUGGGAACCACAUGACCAUCCGCACAUUAACUUCGCUUCGAAACUAUAUCAUGGACUUUGACUUGGGGGUUGAGUUUGAAGAGGACCUGGGGCCGGUGGACGGGCGCAAGUGCCAGACCAUUGUCGACUGGGAUGGAGAUCAGUUGGUGUGUGAACAGCGAGGAGAGAAAAAGAAUCGAGGCUGGAAACACUGGCUCGAAGGAGACCGACUGCAUCUGCGCAUGACAGCAGAGGAUGAAGUCUGUGUCCAGGUUUUCCAGAAGGUGAAGUGAACCUUCCCGACAACCCAGUACCCACCUGGUGCCAAGCGCUGACUUCAGGAUGCAGUGGGCAUUAGAGCCGAGAGACGAAGACUGUCUGUUCCUCACA